AUGUGGGCCGCGGCAACCGACUGGAAUUCAAAGGACCUCGGAAUAUCAUUACAAUGGACAGUGAACCCUGCAGAAGCAGCUUUCGAGGAAGUAUAUGGCGGGCCGCAUGAUACAGCCGUGGCAGAAGCAUUUUUCCCCAACCAACAGCGACCCAGAAAAGUGCUGGUAUAUGAGAAGACUUUCACGCCAAUUGGUUUGGCCAGAAUGAGGAAUUCUUUCCAGCAUGAGCUGGGACAUAUCAUGGGCUUGCGACAUGAGCAUGCAAGUACAACAGUGGAACCAUCUCUAGUCAUCCUGGUAGGGGUGGAGAACCCCUUAUCGAUCAUGGGUUAUAAGUCUGAAAGGUCGAUUCUGCCCACGGACGUCUCUUGGACGAAAUACUUUUACACUUUGGCAAAUGGAACUACUCUUAGAAGUGAACAAAAUGUAUUUUCAUGGUUGAUUCAUGAUUACAGCCCAUGA